UAAUAUAUAACAUGAGAACUUAUUUAUAAUUUAGAUAAACUUUUAGGUUUUACACAAAAAUACGUUUCUAGCGUAAAUAGAUAUAAAUUUUAUUUUCAAAAAAUGUCAAAAACAAUCACAUUUGCGUUCGUUUUAGUAGCAUUUGUCGCGUUUACGACUCCUGUAUCAGCAAACGGUGUCCAGCUCCCAGCGGUAUACCCACUAGUGAACAUCCUACUCCCACUUCUGAACAACGUCUACAACCUUCUGCUCUCCCUUCUAUCAAUAUUUGACACCCUACCUCCCGCCAUCAGUGCCGUGAUACCAGUUGACUUGGGGGCUCUGGAGACUUCCUUAUUGAAGCUUUACUCUCAAGCUUUAGCCAUCGUCAACUUCUUAAGGUCCCUGCCAGAAUAUGCGACAGGAGCGAACCCCAAGUCAUCAUGCACUAUCGUCUCCAGCCUCCAGGGUCUGCUGGGUUCCCUGGUUACAGCCAUCACAGAGCUGGCUGAGGAUCUGCUCAUUGGCAUUGGUGGUGGUCUACUACCUGCUCUACUCAAGCUGGUCCUUUGCGUUGUGCAAGCGUUGCUCAACUUGCUCAUUUGAGCUUGACAUCAACGCUACUUGCUAUAGUUCUACUAACAUUUGUCGUUAGACAUGAUUUCUACUUAGAUGCUACUUACUGCAGAUAUUGUUUUGAGUGUUUUAUUUAAUAAAAUUAGUACCGUUAUUUUGUUA